CGCUUUCAUUGAAAACCCGCCCGGUCUCAUCACUGUUGUUUUGACGCACGCGCAGUGAGGCCCACUAAAGGGCCGAAAUAAGAACGUUUUGCAAGUGAAUCUGAUGUAUUUAUGUCAUAAAAAUGGUGAAAUCUGUAAAGUGGCUAGUAGAAAUUAAGAUAUUCGACGUGUCGAAUCAUGACCGAGGCAUCUGAAAAUGUCCCUUCCUUGGUGCGCAUCCGUGCGCAGGUGAUGUGCCGGGAUGAGGGCACAGGGGGGUGGGUGGCGUUGGGGGGAGGCGGGCUUGCUGACAUCGUGGUCGGCCGCCGCGGACCAGCAGUUAGUUCUGAAGUCGCCAGCGAAUUAGCACCUACGUCUGCGAGCGCAUCGCACACCGAGUUCUACAUACACGGCCGACGUAUCAACGAUAAUGUUUUGGUGCUGGACUGCACAGUGAAGGAUGACUUCCAGUACCACAAGGUUAUGCCGACGUUCCACCACUGGGUGUCUGAUGAGAAGCGUUUCGGGCUAACCUUCCAGACCGCGGCCGACGCGCGCGCGUUCGACAGGGGAGUGCGCACUGCUGUCACCGAAUUGUACCGUCUUGGCGGCGCGUGGCCAACGAUGUACGGAUAUCAAGACUCGAACCAACACGACGGCAAAGAGGAUGAUGAGGAAAAACAUAUAUUUGAAUGCCUCAACCUGCCGUCGGACUCUCACUCGAGCUCGGAGACGUCGACCGCGAGCCGCGUGCGGCGCGACGACCUGACGCAAACACCCAUCCUGUCUGCCAUCACACUGCCACAGCAUCCGCUCUCCGAAUCGAUGACAUUGCAGUAUGAUGAUAAGUUGGAUGACUCUGAUGCAGACAAAUGUCCCUAUGUACAUCUCUCAGCUGUACACGAGUACGCGUACCCGCAAGUAGGUCCAGACGGCGUCAUCACUUCAGAGUCUUCCUCGCCUCACACCCAGCCGCCAUUGCUGAGGCAAGAUUCUGGGUCUCUGAAGAAGUCCAGUGGCCACAACUUGCCCGACAAGCACCGCAGCGCUGAAACCUUCCAUGCGAGGAUCAAGUGCAGGCACUGUCACGAAUGGUACUUGGAGAGCGCGAACCGGGCGGGCGCGUGCAAGUUUGCGCCUGACUGCUUCAAGACUUGCAUAGACUGCGUCACUUGCAUCAAAUGCGCGCAGUGUAUGCUGUACCAUUGCAUGUCGGAUGUGGAAGGCGAGUUCGUGAUGCAGCCAUGCGCUUGCGGACCCCCCACCAAGUCCUGCUCUAAACGAUGGAUCGGUCUAACCCUCCUCAGUUUCCUGGUGCCAUGCCUCUGGUGUUACUUGCCUCUCCGGUGCGUACACAGGGCUGCCAGGGCCGUGAAACUCGCGGGCGGUGAACACUCACCGCAAAUACUCAAGUAAACGCACAAGACGACAAUUAUGUUCAACGAUAUACACGUCACAAAUAAUUAUAUAUAUAUAUAUA